GUGAAAACAACUUGUUCACUCCCUUCUCUGGGAAAACUCCCGUUCAUUCCACAAGUGAUUUUCUUAUUCGACAGUACCUCCAUAUCGAAAACUUUAUUCCCUAGUCAGCUUCUCCAUCCCACAAAAUAUGUCUUCCUCAAAUCGAGGCGGGCCGAGCAACACAAGGCCCAACAAGCGUGGGAGAGAGGAUGACGACCUACCGUCCUCUGCGGCGCUCCCGCCGUCCAGCCCCCCGCCUUCAUCACCGCCAAUCCCUGCCAUGGACGACGAAGAUAUCGACCCGAUGGACUAUGAAGACGACCUACUACGGGAUCCGGACGAUCUAGAUGAGGAAGUGGAGGAGCGUGAUGGCAUUGACCUCUUCAACGAGGAUUUCGAACGAGAUUACGGAACGCGGGAAAAUGAUGCAUAUGAAGCACAAGACAUCGACGACCAAGAAUACGACGAGCUGGAUCCUGCAGCAAGGCGAGAACUCGAAAGACGUCUUAAUGCCAGAGAUCGUGAGGCACGUCGACAUAUGCCGACGGCUUGGUUGGCAGACGACGACGAAGGGCUUGAAGGCCUCACUCGGCAGCCUCGCAGACGUCGAAACCGAUACGAUGAGGAGCCGGAUCGGAUGGACGAAGAGGACGAUAUCAUGAACGAGGAACUGACGCUCGAAGCACUUUCAGAUGUUAAAGCUGCGUCGUUACCGGAUUGGAUUGCUCUGCCUGCUGUGGCGCGCACCAUUGCUCGCGAGUUCAGGUCCUUUUUGCUCGAGUACACAGACGAGCACAACGACUCUGUGUACGGCAACAGGAUAAGGACCCUUGGUGAAGUGAAUGCGGAAUCUCUGGAAGUGUCCUUUGACCAUCUGGUGGAAUCCAAGGCUACAUUGGGUUUCUUCCUUGCGAACGCACCCGCCGAGAUGCUCAAGAUUUUUGAUCAAGUGGCCAUGGAAGUGACUUUACUCCAGUAUCCGGACUAUGAGCGUAUUCAUGCCGAAAUCCAUGUCCGGAUAACUGAUCUACCUGUCCAGUAUACUCUACGACAACUUCGUCAGAGCCACCUCAACUGCUUAGUGCGCGUCAGCGGUGUUGUUACUCGCCGAAGCGGUGUGUUUCCCCAGUUGAAGUACGUCAAGUUUGACUGUACCAAGUGCGGCGUCACUUUAGGCCCUUUCCACCAGGACUCGAAUGUUGAGGUGAAGAUCAGCUUCUGCUCCAUGUGCCAGUCACGAGGUCCCUUCACUGUGAAUUCCGAGAAGACUGUCUACCGAAACUAUCAGAAGCUCACACUUCAGGAGUCACCUGGAACGGUACCAGCUGGGCGUCUCCCCAGGCACAGAGAAGUCAUCCUCCUCUGGGAUCUGAUUGAUGCGGCCAAGCCAGGAGAGGAGAUCGAAGUAACCGGCAUCUAUCGCAACAACUACGAUGCUGCACUGAACAACAAGAACGGAUUUCCCGUGUUCGCCACCAUCAUCGAAGCCAACCAUGUCGUCAAGUCCCACGACCAGCUUGCUGGUUUCCGCCUGACUGAAGAGGACGAACGGGAAAUCCGCAAACUCAGCAAAGACCCCAAAAUUGUCGACAAGAUCAUCAACUCCAUCGCGCCCAGCAUCUACGGCCACACCGACAUCAAAACCGCCGUUGCCCUGUCGCUCUUCGGCGGCGUCAGCAAAGAAGCCCCAGGCCGCAUGUCCAUCCGCGGCGACAUCAACGUCCUUCUCCUCGGUGACCCGGGUACGGCCAAAUCUCAGAUCUUGAAGUACGUUGAGAAGACCGCGCACCGCGCCGUCUUUGCUACGGGUCAAGGAGCCUCCGCCGUUGGUCUUACAGCAUCCGUCCGCCGCGACCCCAUGACGAGCGAGUGGACACUCGAGGGCGGAGCGCUCGUCCUCGCCGACAAGGGAACUUGUCUCAUCGACGAAUUCGACAAGAUGAACGACCAAGACAGAACAUCCAUCCACGAGGCAAUGGAACAGCAAACCAUCUCCAUCUCCAAAGCGGGUAUCGUGACGACAUUGCAGGCGCGCUGUGCGGUCGUGGCAGCGGCGAAUCCAAUCGGCGGGCGAUAUAAUUCCACGCGCCCGUUCUCGGAGAAUGUGGAGCUCACGGAGCCCAUUUUGUCCCGUUUCGAUAUCCUCUGUGUAGUACGAGACACGGUUGAUCCGACGGAAGAUGAGCGGUUGGCCAACUUUGUGGUAAAUUCUCAUGGUCGGGCGCAUCCGCUUAAAGCGCCUGCGUAUGGAUUUGCGGCGGAUAAGUCGCAGCAGACGCACGAGGAUGAGACGACGCAACAGACGCAGAUGGAGGUCGACGACGAUAUGCCGCCUCAGGAAGGCGAGAUUCCGCAAGAGUUGCUGAGGAAGUAUAUAUUGUAUGCAAGGGAGAAGUGUAGGCCGAAGCUUUACCAGAUUGAUCAGGAUAAGGUGGCGAGGUUGUUUGCGGAUAUGCGGAGGGAGAGUUUGGCGACGGGGGCGUAUCCUAUUACUGUCCGCCAUCUUGAAGCCAUCAUCCGCAUCAGCGAAGCCUUCUGUAAGAUGCGCCUUUCGGACUACUGCGCCGCGCAGGACAUUGAUCGCGCCAUCGCCGUGGCCGUCGACUCGUUUGUUGGAAGCCAAAAGAUCAGCGCGAAGAAGGCCCUCGCGAGAGCGUUUGCGAAGUAUACGCUCAAUAGACCGGGCGCGGUUCGCGCGCCUGCGCGGGCGGCGAGGACGGAGAGGGUUGCUGCUUAAGGUUAGGAAUUGGGCUGGUUUGGGUGAGGGUGUGGGUUUGGACGGGAAAUGGGAAUAGGGGAGACGGAUGGGUGGGGGUUACGCUUCGUACCUGCGUUGCCAUUGCUCGCGCGGGCGUUGUUGAGCGGCGUUUAAGCAUGCGCGGGUAUGAAUUUAUCGAAGGCCGGGUUAGGUGUUGGUAGGGAAUGGGAAUUACCUUUGCAUAGCUAGCGAUGCUUUUUGCCAUAUAUAAAUUAUAUCCAGC